AUGAAGACAUGGAACCAGAGCACAGUGACAGAAUUCAUCAUCCUGGGUUUUCCAUCCACCAAGCACAUACAGAUUUUGUUAUUCAUCAGUUUCCUCUUCACAUAUAUCCUCACAAUCUUGGGCAACAUAACCCUGCUGGUGACUCUACAGAGAGAACCUCGACUGCGGACUCCUAUGUAUUUCUUCCUAAGCACUCUCUAUGUCUUGGAAAUUGGGUACACCUCAGUCACAGUCCCAAAGCUGCUUUCAGUCUUCUUGAAUAGAGACAGGGCUAUUUCCCUCAGUGCUUGCUUAGUUCAGUCUUAUUUCUUCUUCCUCUUGGGCUCCACUGAAUGUUUUCUUCUAGCUGCCAUAGCUUAUGAUCUCUAUUUGGCCAUCUGUAACCCACUGAGGUACCCAGCACUUAUGAGCAGCAAGAUGUGUAUUCAAUUAGCUUUGUUUUGCUGUGUGACUGGUUUCCUGAAUCCCUGCUUGCCCACUUUCUUAGUCAGCAGGCUAAAAUUCUGUGGGUCCAUUAUCAAUCUCUUUUUUUGUGAUGUUCCACCACUGUUAAGUCUGUCAUGUACUGAUGCCUAUGUUAGUGCCACCACAAUCUUCAUCAGUUCUUCCAUCAUAGUCUUGGGUUCCUUCCUGAUGACCUCCUUGUCCUAUACCUGUAUCUUGGUGACCAUUCUAAAGAUGACCUCAUCCAAGGGCUGCCAAAAAGCUUUCUCCACCUGCACUUACCACCUGACAGUGGUCUCACUCUACUAUGGCACAGUGAUCUUCAUGUACACCAGCCCGGAGGCCCAGAAGUCAAUGAAGGUCAACAAAGUGGUGUCUGUGGUCUACAGUGUGGGAACACCCAUGCUGAACCCUAUCAUUUACAGCCUGAGAAAUGAGGAUGUCAAGAAAACCUUGAGGAAAAUGUUACUGAACAUGUUCCCUGCCAGAAAAUGA